GCACAGCAGCUUUUGAGCGUAUAACCCUUGAUCGUUUCUUCACACCGAUCGGGCAGUUCCGCUUAUACUUUGAUGACGCAGUCCGAAAUCUCAAUGUUACAUGUGAAUUUUUUCGUGAAUCCGGGGUAAAUGAUCAAGCGCGUACCAUUGAAUUCAUGCAAAGUGGCUUCCAACCACGGAUAAACAUGGUAUAGCAGUGACAAGAUUAUUCCUUAGCAACGUAGUAGAAAUUGAAGAUUGCCUAGCAACCAUCUUAUCCAAUCAAAAUCAACAUGUACCUUGAACCUGAAUAAGCAAAGAAAAUUUCUCUUUUUUUUAUUUAUUUUUUUUUUACAAACAAAACAAAAUGGAUAUGUCUCGAAAAGAAUUUGAAGCAGAGAAAAGAAAGCUUAUGGAUAAAAUCCUUGUCAGUGUUCGACAGCUUAAACUUACUAUGGAAACUUUCAAUCGCAACAUGGAAACUGCCAGCAGAUUAGGAAAGCAAUUCAAACCACCUGCAGAAGUUUGGUCCGCAUUUCAUAAAGCAGUACAGAACAAUCAUGUUGUGGAAGAAGGCGCGGAAAGCGAAAAUGAGUAUCAAGGCGAAGAACCAAGCAGUCCAUCGCGACUUGACUUAAACAUACAAUCUAGAAAAGAAAAAGUAUAGAUCGCCCAUACCAUUGAUAAACUGUAAAUAAUAAAGCCAAUAGAAUUGAAUAGAACGC